AAAAGCGUAGUCGUAACAAUAUGUAUAAAUAGUGUUUUGUUGGUUACAAAUGGUAUCGAUAUCGUCAUCGACAAGCUUCCUACUCUAAUAAAAUGAGCGCUCGCAAGAAACCCUGGGUACGAUCCGCGUUUAGCCAGAUAUCUAUUACACCAAAAAUUGAUGACAAUUCGACGUUACCAGCUCGUACACGCAGUGCUAGUGCAGCUACAACAACGCGGACCGAAUUACAAACGGAAGACACAAUUGCAUUUGUUGAUCUCACAGUCAAUGAAAAUAAGAAUGAAACUCAGCCUAAUAGCGCAGGAACGCCAAUCCCAAAGGAUGAUUGGAUGGGCAGCUUUGCACCUGUUACCAGUGAAGAUCUGGCCGUUCACGCAAAGAAAGUAGCCGAAGUGCGAGAUUGGUUUCGGCACUGCGAAGCGGUGCGAAAGAAGUGUCCUGCCCAGUUAUGUUUAUUAACAGGUCCAGCCGGUGCAGGCAAAACCGCUACUGUGCGGAUUCUUGCCGAGGAGGCAGGCUAUGAUUUACGGGAAUGGGUUAAUCCCGUUGAUUGUGAGGUAAUAGAUGCGCUGGGCGAUCAACCCCGCGGCAACUAUGUUGGUUCUCAGCUAGAGGCGUUCAAGAGCUUUUUGUUACGUGCCUCACGGUACAAAUCGCUGCUGGUGCAGCCUAGGAAACGCCUACUGCUUGUGGAGGACUUUCCCAAUGUUCUCUUGACGGACGCAGCAGUCUUAUUUGAAGACAUUAUCAAUGAAUAUGUCAGCUAUGGAAAGUCCCCGUUAGUUUUUAUUGUGGCCGAUGCAAAAUCGCGCGGCCUUAACAUUAGUUACAAAUUAUUUACGGACCAAUUGAAAUCCAAAUUUCGCAUAGAGCACAUCAGCUUCAAUGCCAUUGCAUCGAGCAUAAUGCAGAAGUCGAUGAAACGCGUUUGUACGCUGAUGCGGCAACAACAUGCAAGCACAUACAAGGUGCCCUCACAGUCAGUGGUGGACUCAAUAGUUGUGUGUGCUCAAGGUGACAUUAGAAAUGCCUUGAUUAAUCUGCACUUUGCAUCGCUUAAAGGUGCCCCCAAUAUGCCAACCAUGCAGCUGGAGGCAAAACCUAUGAAAAGUCGUAAGCGCAAAGCCCAAAGCACAUUAAAGUCAAUCGGACGGGACGAGUCUAUCACAAUGAUGCAUGCGCUUGGACGCAUCUUUAAUCCAAAACUUACGGAGGAAAAGCACCUACAGCACAGUCCCGAGGAAAUAGCCGAAGCUUUCAGCACGGAACCUAGGAAUUUGAUCAAUUUUAUCCAUAGCAACUAUCUACAACAUUUUAGCGAUAUAGGACAUGUUGUUUCCGCCCUGAAUGAUAUCGGCAUUGCGGAUCUAAUGAUCACAGAGUAUCGCGAUGAUGCAGUGGGCAAACUGGGAAUCAAUAUCGCCGUGCGCAGCUGCAUGGUGUCCAAUGCAAUACCUGUCAGCGGGUGGAUGCCCGUGCGAGGACCGAAACGAUUUCUAGUACAACACCAGGCUACAGCAGCGGAAGAAAAGCUUCUGGGUAUGGCUUAUGCUGGCAUCUCAAGAACCUUAUAUUCCACUGACUACAGUUCCUUUGUUAGAUUAAUAGCUAACAGAAGUCAAGAUAUAAAAAGCGCAGAAACUGAUAAGCCAUAAACAAUCACGCAUGUAAAAUUUAGCUAUUAAUUCGAG